GGGUGGGUGUGGUCUUUGCUGGCUUGUCAACAUACCAGAGCUUAAAUACUGAACUGCUACCACUAUUCACCACCACAACUACCCUGUGUCUUUCAAUUUCUCCCAGUCUGGCUCACGUCUGCUCCUGCGUUCACAAAGAUAUUAUCCGUUUGCUCCCCAUACUGAAGAACAUCUGUGAGUUAUUUGGCAGGCGGUACAGCUCAAGUUAAGUCCUUUUCUGGAGAAUUAUAUUCCACCAGUCCCUUGGAAAAAUGUCUUUCCCGUUGGCAGUGCUAUGUCUAUCAGUGGUCCAACUGAGCAUGGGAGAUCUGCCUGUGGAGGAAGUCAUCACAACUAAAAAGGUGCCUCUCCUGGGUGGCUGGCAUGACAGGAAUCUAGAGUCAGCUGAGAUUCAGGACGCUACUCAGCAUGCUGUGAAGGAGUUCAACUCAAACUCAAAUAGAAAGAAGAUCUUCAAAUUGAUCUCCAUCACCUCUGCUCAGAGCCAGGUGACUAAUGUUAUCAACUUUAAGAUUGAUGCUGUCCUGGGAAAAACCAAGUGUCUCAAAUCUGAAAACCAUGACUUGAACAGCUGCAGUCUUGUUAAAAAGCACAUGAAGUGUCACUUCAAGAUGACUUUCAACCUACGCAACCAAAAAUAUGAGAUGGUGGGACAAAAGUGCAAGAAACACCUGGAGAGUGCUUAAAUAAAUAUACAUAUGCUUUCAGUUUAUAAACUUAAGCUUUCACUUCAUUGGCGCAUUUUGAUACACUGUUGUUGCAGCUUUUUAUAUGAAUGACAAUUUACAUCAAAAACAAAUCAUGAUUGUUAAAAGUAGUUUAGAAUAGGUGAUCAAGAACAAAUUAAUGUGUACUUUAUAUUGUGUUCUGUUCUCCUUUUUUAUCAUUCCAUGAUAUUAUAAGCUAUUUUUGCAUAGACAACACUUGAUAUUAUAGCAUGACAACAAAUUACUGCACAGCUGAGAAAUUCCAAAAGAAAGGCACACUGUGAAAUAUGAUUUAGGGAGUUUUUAGACAAGAGUAAAGACCAGAUGGGCUCAUUUAUUAUUUAUUUAAAUGGCAGGACUUGUUAUGGAAAAAAGCAGUACUGUAAUUAUUACAAUUUUCACUCAGGGUGGUCUGGGGUUGUCUUGCUACAGCAGCGUUGUCUUUUUUUUCCUCUCAAAUGUCUGAAAAAAAAAAACAUGUAUGAACAGUGAGUCACCACAAAAACGAAGUCUGAGUUUAUCUUAAGUGUUUUCAGAGCAUACAAGUUCAAACCUUUCAAUCUUCCUUAUCAGCUGAAUAUUUUUCAUUAACAUAUCAUUUGAAGUUAACCCUUCUAUAGCUCUUUCUUCAGAAAAAAACAGCUAUUCAGUAAAGCAGGAAAAAAUGUGCAUUUUAGGGGAGAAU